AUGUUCUUGGGGCGUCUGACUUCUCAGCUGGUCAGGGCUGCUUCACAGGCAGGCCGAUGUCUGCCCUGGCCUCUCUCAAGGAUACCUGGUACCGGUGCCUGCAGGCUCCACUACAGCAUUCAACCAGUGAGCCCAAAUGGGGCUAUCUUGCUACCUGGCAGGGGGACCCAGCUGGACCUGGACGAGGUGAUGGUUCCCCGGAAGAUGUCCAUCAGCCCCCUGGAAAGCUGGCUAACUGCUCGCUGCCUCCUCCCCACUCUUGGUGCUGAGGCUCCAGGAACAGUGACUCCUGCCCAGCUCUAUAAGUGUCCACCUGGCCACUCAGGGGAGGGGACUGAGCAGGGGAGUAAUGAGGUCUCAGAUGUGCCCCAGAUACAGUGUAAAAAUGUGCUAAAGAUCCGCCGACGAAAGAUGAACCACCACAAGUACAGAAAGCUGGUCAAGAGGACUCGCUUCCUGCGGCGGAAGAUCCGCGAAGGUCGCCUGAAACGGAAGCAGAUAAAAUUCGAGAGAGAUCUACGGCGUAUUUGGCUGAAGGCUGGCCUAAAGGAAGCCCCUGAAGGUUGGCAGACCCCCAAGAUCUACCUGAGGAACAAAUGA